AUGUCUAUGUAUUGUUACGCGUAACUACAGAAGAAUGUCAAUACAUCCAUAUUAUCCUCGGCACUUGGAACUAAACGAUUAUCAACCCAACCAACGAACCAGCAUACAAUUGUUACUUACAGUAGGGAGUAUUGUGGGCACAAUACUCAUUGGAUCCUUCUAUGCAGCAAAACGACAAAGACAACAUGUCAAGAACUCUGAUUAUUUCUAUUUCUGUUGGUUCAUCUUGUGUGGUUUCUUACAUUGUGGGUUUGAAUCAUAUUGGGUGCUGUAUCGUGAUCAAAUAGCAAGUCGAACCGAUCUUUUCGCCGAGUUGUUUCGUGAAUACGCUCAUAGUGAUUCUCGUUACAUGAUAUCGGAUCCUUUACUGGUUGCUUUGGAAUCUAUGACUGUGUUUGUUUGGGGCCCUCUUUGCUUUGCUUCUGCUUGGACAUGGUGGCAAGAAUCAAAUCAUUAUAUAUUUUAUCAAUUAUUGGCGUCCCUGGGUCACUGUUUUACUUGUACUCUUUAUUUUGUAUUGGACAUACCAACUGGAUUUCAACAUUGCAAUCCACAUCCUUUUUAUUUUUGGGUCUACUUUGUGGCUUUCAAUGCACCUUGGAUUAUCGUUCCCUGUACUAUCCUUUAUUACAAUAGUCGAAUCAUUUUACAUAGUUUAGAUUUAUACCAUGAAAACAAGAACACAGAUACAAAUAAAACCAAGAAUGCCUAGUUGGGAUAUUAUUACUUUUU